GUUUGCUUGUGUGUUGUGUGUGUAUAAAUCGACGCUCAGGUUUUCUAAUCUAUUUCAAACGCAAAGAAAUAUAUUUUGUUAUAUCGCACGACGAGGUUAGAAUAUUUUAAUGAACUUUCGACAUACGAUUCUAUAUAAAAAUAAAAAAAUGCGUAUUCAGCCAUUCAUGUAUUAGAAACGAUACAUAAUUUGUACAGAAAAGUUUACAAUUGAUUAAACAUUACAUAGCUAGUAAUAACCUUUAAAUAUGAAAUACUGUAAAUUUAAUAUUUACAUACAAUUAAAUUAUAAUCUCCGAUCGUUGACUACCUGAUCCAGUUUAUUACAAAAAGUAAACAUCGAAGUACUCUCUUAUCAAACGUAUAAGAUUAGAAAAUUAAUACUUUCGGAAAUUUUAUAAUUAUUUAAACGACAUAUAAUGUGCGUGGAGUACGAUAAACUAAUAUUUAAACAAUAAUACAUUCGCUUAAACUUUACGUAGCUUCGAACGCGCGUUAAAUAUAAAAUAAUAUUAUUUUGAUAUUUCAAUACUUAAAAAUUGUAAUCUCUAUGAUAGACAACCUUAAACGAAAGAAAUCCUCACUACACCAACGCACUCUGACGGUAUAUUUGGAAAAUAUUUGAUGUAUUUACGUAUUUGUGUUUCGAAUAUUGGCACUACUGUAUUGAAUCUACACAAGUGAAUGUCAUACGAAUGGGACUUACUAGUGUUUACAGUAUGUAAUUUUGUAUUACUAUCGUUUGGAAUAAUAACAAAAUUACGAUGUUUAUUAAACCGUUCAAAGUGAAAUCUAAUAACCAAUUAAAGGGUACUGAAAGAAAGAAACUAUGCGAGUAUGUAUUAUCAACGUAUCCUUGUCUAACAGAAGAAACGGUACAAGUUUUGUUACCUAAAAAAGAAUCGAUUACUGUAAUGAGAAUAGUAACUCAUAAUGGUCAACUAUGUAAAUUAUAUUGCGUUGCGAGAAUACCAUUGUUCUUUCAAUUGGAGACAUCCUUGUCGAUGUUUUUUCCAACAAUCUACACAUUAUGGCAUCAUCCACAUUUAUUACAUGAUUUUACUAUGCGUAUUCAAGUAUUACCAAAAUUGAUUGAAGGGGCAGAUUUGAUGUUACCUGGAUUAGUAGUAAAAGAACCAAUAACAUUUUACUCUUAUGGUAAAUUAGCAAAAGGUACACCGGUAUCUGUGAACACAGAAGAAAAUAAGGCACCGAUAGCUGUUGGCAUCACUGCACUCUCCAGCGAAGAUAUGUAUUUAUCUGCAGGUCGUGGAAAAUGUAUACAAAUUUAUCAUGUAAUGGGUGAUAACCUUUGUCAAUUAGGAAAAUCACCUGUUAGACCAGAUCUUGGUCUUCCAAAUAUUUCUGCAGAAGAUCAUUUAGAUGACAAUGAAAAAGAUAAUGAAAAAUCAGAAAUUACAAAAACUGAUUCUGAUGAUACUAAACCACUGUCUAAUUUAAUAAAUGAAUUAGAGAUUGGUAAUGAUGAUGUUAAUGCUGAUAAAACAGACUGCAUAUCUCAAGAUAUUACAAAUGAAACGGAGGAACAAGCAGAAAGUACAACAAACACAAAUUCUGUAACAUCUGAAUUUAUAGAUCUCACAAAAGAAAUGGAUGAAUUAUUAGAAUAUUGCUUUUUAAAAGCAUGCAAAACAACGCUCAAAGCCAACGAUCUGCCUAUGUUAACUUCUAAUUUUUUUAAAAAUCAUUUAUUAACGGCCUGCCCAUCAGAUAAAAAUAUAGAUAUAAAAAAAUCACGAUACAAGAAGCUAUCCGUUUUUCUGGCAGAUAUGAAGGCCAAAAGACUUAUCAAUACUUCUGUGACGAAAGGAGUAGAAAGUUUAUUAUCAGUGGAGUUUAAACAUCCCUUGCUAAAGGAAUUAGUUAUUACCGAAACACCAGUACCAUCAGAACCAGUUGCUUCAAAUACAGUUGGUGUAUCAGACUGUUAUAAAGUAACUACUGAUGUUUUACCAAUAUUAACGAUAUAUGGAUACGAAAAAGGCGACACUAUAGAAAGACGACAAAUCAGAGAGUGUUUUACAAAAUAUGUCAAACAAGAAAAUCUUCAAGAUGGGAAAAUUCUGAAGCUAAAUCCACAACUUGCUGGAAUUUUAAAAACAAAAGAACACCAAGAAACUUUGUCGAUGGAGGAUGGAAUUAAUAAGUUUGUAGGUCGCAUGACGCAUAUGCAUCAAAUAACUUUAGCUGGUACAACGAUCUUGCACAAAGGAAAAUUGGAACCAAUUGACAUGAGAGUAACCAUGAGAUCAGGAGGAAAAAAAGUUACAUUAGUAAAUAAUCUAGAAGCAUUUGGAAUAAAUUCCAAAGACUUUAGCAAGGAGUGUCAAAAUAUUGGCGCAAGUGCUACGGUCACGGAUGAUCCUGGAAAGAAAACACCAAGUGUUCUAGUACAAGGAAAUCAAAUCUUAUAUGUAUACAAACUAUUAACAGAAAAAUAUGGAAUUAAAAAAACUUAUAUACGAGGUUUGGAAUUUGCACCGAAAAAGUACAAUGCCAACAAAAAAAAAUAAACUAUCUAUGAUAACAGAAUGCAUUCUAAUAACAUUUGAAUAAUUAUGACAUAUAUACAAUAUUAAACGUAAUGCAUCAUCAAAAAUGUAAUUAAAAUCAGUCUGAUUCUUUUAACGUGAACGAGUAUGUUCUACACGUAAAAUUUCUAAUUUUCUAUAUAAAGAAUUUAUUAUCGUUGUAUCGUUCAGAAA